UUAUUCAUUUUGAUGUUUGUUGAAGUUGUCUGUCAUUUCAUUUCACCUCUCUUUCCUAACCCCUAACUGCACUGUCAUUUUCUCACCAUGCACACAAAAUAAGAACAUGAAUGAAUCUUUGAUUUUCCCAUCUUAAUUUCAUCCACGCUCAAAUUCAAUCGUGGGUUUUUCUCAUCAAUCUAUAAAGUUUCCGACUUUAUUGGAUUGGGAUUAAGAUUUGUUUGAUUUGAGUGAUGGGUAAGGUCGCGGUAGGAGCUGCGGUUGUUUGUGCCGCCGCCGUUUGUGCCGCGGCGGCGUUGGUUGUCCGCCACCGUAUGAUAAACUCGAGAAAGUGGUCACGUGCGUUGAGUAUAGUUAAGGAGUUUGAAGAAAAGUGUGGGACCCCAAUUGGGAAGCUUAGACAGUUAGGUGAUGCUAUGGAUGUUGAGAUGCAUGCUGGUCUUGCAUCUGAAGGUGGUAGCAAACUUAGUAUGUUAAUCAGCUAUGUUGAUAAUCUUCCAACUGGGGAUGAGGAAGGACUCUUUUAUGCACUAGAUCUUGGUGGCACAAACUUCCGUGUUCUUCGUGUACAUUUAGGUGGGAAAGAAAAAGGUGUUAUUGGCCAAGAGUUUGAUGAAGUUUCAAUUCCUCCCCAUUUGAUGACCGGUUCAUCAGAGGGAUUAUUUGAUUUUAUAGCAGCAGCUCUUGCAAAGUUUGUUGAAUCAGAACCUGAAGUUUUUCAUCCUCCAUCUGGCAAACUAAGAGAAUUGGGUUUUACGUUUUCUUUCCCGGUGAAGCAAACAUCAAUUUCAUCCGGGACUCUAAUAAAGUGGACUAAGGGCUUCAGUAUUGAAGAUACUGUUGGCGAAGAUGUGGUGGGAGAAUUAACCAAGUCCUUGGAAAAAAUUGGCCUGAAUAUGCGGGUUGCAGCUCUAGUUAAUGAUACAAUUGGAACAUUGGCUGGAGGCAGAUUCUACGAUCAGGAUGUCAUUGCCGCUGUGAUUCUUGGUACUGGGACAAAUGCAGCAUAUGUUGAACGUGCACAUGCUAUUCCAAAAUGGAAAGGCCUUAUACCAAAAUCUGGAGAUAUGGUUAUUAACAUGGAAUGGGGUAAUUUCCGGUCUUCGCACCUUCCUCUAACCGGAUACGAUCAAGAUCUAGAUGCUGAAAGCUUAAACCCUGGAGAACAGAUUUUUGAGAAAUUGCUUUCUGGCAUGUAUUUGGGGGAAAUUGUACGGAGAGUUUUAUUGAAGAUGGCCGAAGAGGCAGAGUUUUUUGGAGAUACUGUUCCACCCAAGUUGAAAAUUCCUUUUAUACUUAGGACGCCUGACAUGUCUUCCAUACACCACGACACAUCACCAGAUCUGAAAGUGGUUGGAAACAAAUUGAGGGAUAUAUUAGAGAUCUCUAAUACAUCACUAAAAACGAGGAAGAUUGUUGUUGAACUUUGCGACAUUGUUGCUACUCGUGGUGCUCGCCUUGCUGCUGCCGGUAUUCUAGGAAUCCUUAAGAAAAUAGGAAGAGACACAGUUAAGGCUGGAGAGAAGCAAAAGUCGGUGAUAGCAUUGGAUGGAGGGUUGUUUGAACACUACACUAAAUUCAGAGUUUGCUUGGAGGAGACACUGAAGGAAUUGCUGGGAGAUGAGGCAGCUGAUACCGUCGUCGUUAAACAUGCUAACGAUGGUUCAGGCAUUGGAGCAGCUCUUCUUGCAGCUUCUCACUCUCAGUAUUUGGGAGUGGAAGAGUCCUAAUGUUAUUGCCAAGGUAAAGAAAGACAUGUAAUACCAGUUUCAUUUUUUUUGUUCGCAUACGACGUAAUAGAUCGACACAUUGAAGAAGCUAUGCCUUAGUUAAUGGUCUUAUAGACUUUUAACUCAAGGGUAGGCCUGGUCUACAGUGUUUCUUACUGCAACCUUGCAGCUCCUGUGCUGGUGGUGACUGGUGACUGGGGCAUUCAUUAUUUUGGCUGCAGGGUUUGUGUCUCUUAUUUCAAGGAAUAAUGUGAAUGAAUGUUGUUAUAAACUUAACUUUGAGUGUAGCAUGUUUUGCGGAAUGUAGCCUGUUUUCAACUAUAAAUAAAUCAGGACUAUAUACAUUGACAAGCUAGUUUUUUAAUUAUCGAAUGAAGACUGAAGAGGUGCUGUUUUUGUUGUUGUUACAAGAGGAAAUCAUUCCAACCUCCUA